GAGGAGGGGGGUGGGGGGUCGGGUGGGGGGGUCGCCGCCUUGCCUGUUGCCGCCACCAGCGUCGCCCUUUUGUCACACGGCAACAAUUAAGCAUCCGCCGCCACCGCUGGCGAAUCGUGCGCGGAGGCAGACGGGAGCCACGCACGCUCACUCGCGCGGCUGCCCAGCCCCCGCCCCCCAGCCCCCGCCCCCCAGCCCCCCGCCCCCAGCACACGCACGGGCGGAAUGGCUUGAAAGGAAGACGAGACGGAUUCUUUCGGAGGGGCUCGACGACAAAGUGACCGUCCGAGCGUCGCCGCGAGUCUCCCGCGCGUCUUUGCGUCGAAUUGCUGCAAUGCUGCGUUUGCAGGUGCGCGCGUGCGCGCGCGCGGCAGCGCCGGCGCCGUUCGUCUUCCGAAUCGCACCGAGCCGGGAAACGAGGGUCUGAUGUCACACGUCGGCUCGAUCGGAGGAGACGGGGCGUCCGCCGGCUGGAUUUUUUGUGGAGGAUGCUGCGGCAAGCGAUACACAGAGGGCUCAAGGCUUCCUUCUACUGGCUCGGCUUGUUCGUCAGCAGACACCCGGUUUUCUUCCUCACCGUGCCCGCCGUCCUCACCAUCAUUUUCGGGUCGACGGUGCUGAGCCGCUUCAAGCCGGAGACGGAUCUGGAGUCGCUGGUGGCCCCGACGCACAGCCUGGCCAAGAUCGAGCGAAGUCUGGCCAACAGCUUGUUUCACAUCGACCGCUCCAAGCACAAACUCUACUCGGAUUUACACACCCCGGGCAGGUACGGCAGGCUGAUCCUGCUGGCCAAGUCGGGCGGCAACAUCCUGGAACUGGCCGACCAGGUGCUGCGGGUUCACGAGCGGGUGCUGGAUUUGCGAGUCCAGUACAAAGGAUUCAACUACACCUUCGCGCACCUCUGCGUGCUCAGCCACCGAGACGAGCGCUGCUUGCUGGAUGAUAUCAUCGGCGUCUUCGAAGACAUCCGACGGGCCGUGCUUGCCAACAGCACUUUCCACAAGGUGCCCGUCGGCUACCCCAACACCACCUUAAAGGACGGCCGAGUGUCCUUCAUCGGUCAUCAGCUAGGAGGCGUGUCCUUCUCCCCCAACAGCCGCGACCAACAAGUGAAGUUCGCCCGCGCCGUCCAGAUCACCUACUACCUGCGCGACAACGGCCCCGUGGUGCAGGACGCCAUCUCGGAACGCUGGGAGAAUGAAUUCUGCGCCCUGGUCAGUCGGCUGUCGAGCGGCGAAGCUCCGCGCGGAGCCGAGCGGCUGCACGUGCACUCGCUCACCUCCUUCAGCUUGUGGCGAGACUUCCACCAGACGGGGGUGCUGGCCAAGGGGGAGGUGUUGGUGAGCCUGGUGCUGGUGCUCCUGGCCGCCACCAUCUCCAGCUCCAUGCGGGACUGUUUGAGGGGGAAGCCCUUCCUGGGCCUGCUGGGGGUCUUGACCAUCUGCAUCGCCAACGUGACGGCCGCCGGGAUCUUUUUCAUAUCCGAUGGGAAAUUCAAUUCCACCCUCCUGGGGAUUCCCUUCUUCGCCAUGGGUCACGGGACCAAAGGGGUGUUCGAGCUGCUGGCGGGCUGGAGGAGAACGAGGGAGAACCUUCCCUUCAAGGAGCGCGUGGCGGACGCUUUUGCCGACGUGAUGGUGUGCUACACCAUGACCAGCUCGCUGUACAUCAUCACCUUCGGCAUGGGGGCCAGCCCCUUCACCAACAUCGAGUCGGUGAAGAUCUUCUGCCAGAGCAUGUGCGUGGCCAUCCUGGUCAACUACUUGUACGUUUUCUCCUUCUACGGCUCCUGCUUGGUGUUCGCCGGGCAGCUGGAGCAGAACCGCUACCACAGCGUCUUCUGCUGCAAGAUUCCCUCGGCGGAUUAUUUGGAGCGCCAGCCCACUUGGUUCAAAAGCAUGAUGAGCGACGGCCAGGAACCGUCGGCGCACCACGACAGCGUCCCCUACCAGAACCACUUCAUCCAGCACUUCCUGCGCGAGCACUACACGGAGUGGAUCACCAACACCUACGUCAAGCCCUUCGUGGUGAUCCUCUAUCUCAUCUACGCCUCCUUCUCGUUCAUGGGAUGCCUCCAAAUCAGCGACGGCUCCAACAUCGUCAACCUCCUGGCCAGCGACUCGCCCAGCGUUUCCUACGCGCUGACUCAGCAGAAAUACUUCAGCAACUACAGCCCCGUCAUCGGCUUCUACAUCUACGAGCCGGUGGAGUAUUGGAACGCCACGGUGCAGGAGCACCUGAAGACCCUGGGCCACGGCUUCAACAAGAUCUCCUGGAUGGACAACUUUUUCGGCUACCUGCGCGCGCUCAACGUGAGCGCCUCGGGCAAGAGCGACUUUGUGCGCCUGCUCCGGGGCUCCUUUCUGCGCAGCCCCGAGUACCGGCAUUUCACGGAGGACAUCAUCUUCUCCAGGAACCGCGACGGCAAGGAGUACGACAUCAUCGCCUCGCGCCUGUACCUGGUGGCGCGCACCACCGAGAAGAAGCGCUGGGAGGUGGUGGAGCUGCUGGAGAAGCUGCGGCCGCUCAUGCUGAUCGAGAGCAUCAAAUUCAUCGCCUUCAAUCCCACCUUUGUCUUCAUGGACCGCUACGGCUCCUCCGUGGUCUCGCCCGUCCUGACCUCGGGCUUCAGCGUCCUGGCCGUCCUGAUCCUGACCUUCUUCCUGGUGGUCAAGCCCUUGGGCAACUUCUGGCUCAUCCUCACCGUCACGUCGGUGGAGCUGGGCGUCUUGGGUCUGAUGACUCUGUGGAGCGUGGCCAUGGACAGCGUCUCCAUCCUGUGCCUUAUUUACACGCUGAACUUCGCCGUGGAUCACUGCGCGCCGCACCUCUACACGUUUGUGCUGGCCAGCGAGCACACGCGCACGCAGUGCAUCAAGUCGGCGCUGGAGGAGCACGGGGCGGCCAUCUUGCAGAACGCGUCCUGCUUCGUCAUCGCCAUCGUCCCGUUGGUCUUCGUGCCUUCCAACCUGACCUACACGCUGUUCAAGUGCUCGCUCCUCACCGCCGGCUGCACCGUGCUCCACUGCUUCGUCAUCCUGCCCGUCUUCCUCACCUUCUUCCCGCCCUCCAAGAAGAGACGCAAGAAAAAGAAGCGGGCCAAGCGCAAAGAACGCGAGCGCGAACGUGAGAGGGAAAGGGAACGCGAGGAGAUCGAGUGCAUCGACGUCCGGGAGAAUCCCGAUCACGUGACCAACGUCUGAGCCCGUCGCUCCUCUCGGCUAGCCCGACGACGCCAUUCGACACGGUUUCCGCGGAAACGACGCCGCCGCAUAGGUGGUUGAAUUUGCAGGCUUGACCCGCUUCAAUUGAUUUUUCCUCCAAAACAGCUUAAAAAAAUUUUUUUUUUGGUCCCUAUUUUGGAAAUGUCUUUCCACAUUUGACCUUUGGCCAGUUUUUCACCUCAAAUUAGCCAUCGUGGAAAGUAGCUUCAAAUGAAUCUGCCCAGGCAUCAUUAAAUGUUCUAUUUUCCUCAGUGUGUAUGUGCGUGUGUGUGUGUCUUGGAGAACAAUUGCAC